AUGCGGCGGUUAGAGCUGCCCAUAACCGACGAACCGAUAUCAUUUUACCUUCCGCACCAUUGCGUAUUCAAGACUGUUGGACAAUCCUCGAAAAUACGAAUAGUAUUUGAUGCCUCUUGCCGUAACAGCUCCGGCGUAUCUCUGAAUGAUGCGCUACUUGUGGGCCCGGUCGUUCAACAGGACUUGAUCUCAAUUUUGAUGCGCUUCCGUUUUUUCAUUUACGUCAUCACCGCCGAUAUCGUGAAAAUGUACCGGCAAAUUUCAGUGCAUGCAUCUCAGACGUGUCUGCAAAGGAUACUUUGGCGCGAGCAUUCUUCUGCUGAUAUUGAUACCUAUGAGCUCACCACCGUCACUUACGGUACGGCUUCUGCUUCAUUUCUGGCCACCAUGUGCCUAAGAUAUUUGGCUGAGCAACAUUCUGCUCAGUUUCCUCACGGAUCAGCCUGCGUCACUCGAGACUUCUAUGUCGAUGACACGCUCACCGGAGCAGACACGAUAGCCGAAUUAAAAUCAAUUUGCGAUGAAACAGUUCAUUUGCUAAAAUUGGGAGCUUCGAACUCAGCAAAUGGGCGACCAAUUGCCCUGAUCUCUUAG